AUGUAUUUUUCCCAGUUCCUGUGUGGCUCGGGAGCGUGCGUUCCUCAAGUGUGGGUGUGUGACGGUGACGCGGACUGUAGCGACGGGUCCGACGAGCGCGGCUGCUCGUCCCGGCAGUGUGCUCGCGGGGAGUUCCGCUGUGCGUCGGGACGCUGCGUGCCUCGCGAGUGGCUCUGCGACGGCGAGGCGGACUGUCCCGCGCUGGAGGACGAGGCCCGCUGCGACGCGCACGCCGCCUGCGAGCCCACCUACUUCCGCUGCGCUGACAUGCGCUGCAUCCCCGGCCGCUGGCGGUGCGACUUCGAGGAGGACUGCGCCGACGGCUCGGACGAGCGAGGCUGCACGCCCAGGAACUGCUCCGAGUCCGAGUUCCGCUGUGACAACGGAGAGUGUAUCAGAGGAGCGCUGCGGUGCUCCGGGGCCGCGGACUGCGCGGGCGGGGAGGACGAGCGGGCCUGCGCCGCCGCCUGCCCCACCAGCGCUAAACUGUGCACACACUCGCAGGAGUGCCUCCAGAAUGAGUGGUGGUGUGACGGCGAGGUGGACUGCGCCGACGGUUCGGACGAAGAUAACUGUACUUCCAGCGUCACGACGAUGGCCACUCACGCAGCUGCGACCCUGGACUGUGGGACACGUUUACGUUGUGGUGGUGUGAGUGGUGGGGGGUGGUGCGCCCCCAGCGCGUGGCGCUGUGACGGUCGGCGGGACUGUGCGGACGGCUCGGACGAGGAGGCCGGGGUCUGCCGACACACCGUGUGCCCGCCGCCCAUGGUCCGCUGCGGAGAGAACACCUGCAUCCCGCCACACCUGCUCUGCGAUGGUUUCAGAGAUUGUGCUGAUGGCUCCGAUGAGAAUCCACUGCUUUGUAGUCGUAGUCGCAGUCGCUCGGAGUCCCUGUGUCCUCGCGACCAACAGCUCUGUGGUGACGGUAGAUGCGCGCCAGCUAACGCUCCUUGUCCCUCCGAGAGCGGCUGCAGCUGGCGCACGUGCUCGCAACUCUGUCUGCCCAAGCACGCGCACAACCAUACCUGCAAAUGCGUAGCCGGAUAUAAGCAACAUCAACUAUCAGAUGGAACUUUCACGUGCGAGGCUACAGGUGAAAAGGCGAAAGUAUUGGUAGCAUCGAGCGGGGUCCUGAAACUACUGGAGCUUCACAAACAUGAACACGAGCCGCUGGCCGCCACGACGCACUACAACGAAACCGUGGAGAUAGUGAGCGUGUGCUCGGCUCCCGUGGGCGGUGUAUGGUGGGCGUGGUGGGCGGACGGCCACGGCCGCAUCCGUCGUGUUCGUCUAGUAGCGGCGCGUGGCAAGCUGUCUCCCGGAGUGCCCGCUAGAUCACCGCCGCUGCCAGAUUCUUCACCGGACAUGCGCGAGGCGGAGACUGUAGUGGAAGAUUCUGGGACUAUCCGCGGGGUGGCCGUGGACCCUCUGGCUGAGAGGUUGUACUGGACAAGCGUCCAUGGAGCUGAGGGGGCCUGGGUGGUGGGCACCGUGCAGGCCGCCAUGUUGGACGGUCGGCGACGAGUCACGCUGUGGAGACAACCAGGAGCUGAGCCGGACGACCUGGUUAUAUCACUGGAGACAGGCGAGUUGUUCUGGUCGGAGCGUGGUUCGUGGGGCCGCGUGUGGAGCGCCCGUCUCCACGGCGGCGGGGUCCGGACAGCUGUCUCCCACGGUCUCCGUCGGCCGACCGCCCUGGCGCUACUUGGGCCGGGGCUGCGUCUGUUCACACUGGAUGCUCACCGCGCCCUGCUUCGGAGCGACGCACUCAGCGGGGCUGAUACUGUCAUACACGCUAUCUUCGAGUCGGACGCCGCUCCACAACACGACGUGCCCACUUAUAAAGACGGUGCUCCAUUGUCACUGAGCGGUCGGUCAUGUUCCCGUAUGGUCGUGUGGGAGGAGUAUAUAUGGUGCGGUACUCCUAGAGGGCUGGUGUCUGUACCGCGCCGCCCCCGCCCCGCACACUCCCCGCCCGCGCCCGCCGCCCUUCACCUGCCGCGACACAGGGCUCCGGUGUCCGCCCUCACUGUACUUCACCCUGCACUGUUCUCUGUACUCACUAACGCGGAGGACCCGUGUAAGUUGACAGACGGUCGUGAGUCGUGUGACCCCAGCGCCCUGUGUGUCCGGACAGGCCUCAAGGAGGGGGAGGCGCGGGCCUGUCUGUGUCCGGAUGGACUGCAACCAACCACUGACGUUAACGACGACGUGUUACGCUGCGUGUUGUCCGUGUCUCCGCCCUCCCCCGCCUGCUCCCUCCCCUGUUCCCCAGGCGUGUGCGUGGUGCUGGGCGGCCAGGCAGCAUGCUCGUGUCCCGCGCUGUUCUCCGGCUCGCUGUGUCAGCACUACCGCUGCGUGGACCACUGCGGACCACACGCGCGCUGCCACGUGCUGCCCGAGAACGACCACGACCACGUCGGCGAUCAUGACCUACCGCCGCUGACUUGUACGUGUUACCCCGGCUGGACCGGAGAGAGAUGUGACAGACAGGUAGAGGCGAGUGACACGCGUGACAAUGAAGCGCAUACCGAUGACACGAGACACGAAAACCGGGGCGGGACACACGGGACACAGGAUGAGUGCUCGAGGUGUGAGAACGGAGCCUCCUGCGAGAGGGGGCCGGCCGGCGUCACGUGUCACUGUACAUCACAAUAUACCGGUCCCCGCUGUACGGAGUGCGCCAGCGGAGCCCCGGGCGCUGCGUGUCGACAAAGAGAGGCCGAGCUGUGUAGAGACUACUGCUACAAUAAUGGUUCGUGUUCCCUGUCAGCGGGCUCGGUGGCGGGCGAGCGUGUGGCGCAGUGUGUGUGUGAGGCGGGCUGGAGCGGCGCGCGGUGUGAACUGAGGGGCGAGGGGGCUGCGGGGACGGCUGUAAUCUUUUGUAUUUUAGAAUGGGGCUCAUGUACGGGCUCGUGCGCCCAUGGUGGGCGCUGCGUGUCAGGCGUGGGCGGGGGAGCGUGCGCAUGCGCAGGCGCCUGGGGCGGGUCCCGCUGUAGACACUAUGUGGGUCACGACAACGCCUGUGUGGCCAGAGCCUGCGUCCCUCCAGCUGUUUGCGUCUGGAAAGCCUCCGACAAUCCAUCUGAGCCGGGUACUCCAUACUGCGCGUGUUCCGAGGGUGUGCAGUGUUCAGACACCGGUGUAGGGGCGGAGGGCGCGGGCUGGGGCACGGCCGGGGGCGCAGCGCUACUAGCACUGGCUGCCCUACUAGCUGUGUUGAUGGCCGCACUAUAUAUAGCGCACCGCAGGAGACACGGCGCGUUCGUCCACGCGCGCCUGUCGGAGGGUGCGGGCGAGGGUCUGGAGAUCAGCAACCCCAUGUACCUGGCCGGUGAUGACGACCACGACACGGACACGAGAGACACACGGAAUAACGGCGGCAAUCACUUCGCGAAUCCGAUAUAUGAUAGUAUGUACGCCCCGCAAGACACUAACCCCAGCGAGGAGCAGGCGUCGCUACUGGAGGCGCCGCGCCGGGCCCCGGCUCCUGAACGCGCGGCGCUGCUGUGA